UAAGCAUAGCUAGCAGACUCCUCGGUAGAACACAAAUACGCUACGCUUAGUACCACCAGCCGCACAAACGGCCGGAGGAGGCAGCUAAUGAGCUCCAUGGCCGCGGAAAUGGCUGCCGUCGAGGAGGAGGCGUGCAUCUACGCCAUGCAGCUGUCCUCCACGGCUCUCCUGCCGCUGACGCUCAAGAACGCCAUCGAGCUGGGCAUGCUCGAGGUCCUGAUGGGCGCCGGCGGCAAGAUGCUGUCACCGUCUGAGGUGGCCGCGCGGCUGCCGACGCCGACGACCAACCCGGACGCGCCGGCCAUGGUCGACCGCAUGCUGCACCUGCUGGCAUCCUACAAGGUGGUGUCGUGCGAGGUGGAGGAAGGCACGCACGCCCGGCGGUACGGCCCCACGCCCGUGUGCAAGUGGUUCACGCCCGACCAGGACGGCAUCUCCAUUGCCCCUCUGCUCCUUCUCACCAAUGACAAGGUCCCUAUGGAGAGCUUGUAAGUAUAUACACCCUUCACUUCUAUUUAAAUCGCAUAUAUCUUUGUCUUGAGUCAAACACUCUACUCCCUCUGUCAGGAAAUAUAGAAGUGUUUAGAUCACUACUCACGCUCUUAUAUUUUUUUAUAGAGGGAGUAAGUUGGAA